UGUCAAGGGCUAUAGGAAUUAUUUUUUUGACAGCCAAAACGCUCAAUUUGUGGUACACUAUCGAAUUCUCGCCCUUUUAAUUAAGGAAAAUCGUGCAAAAUUUGUGUAAAAUUUCCGGGAAAAUUGUGAAAAAAACUUGUAGCGCAUUUCUGACGCUGCUUUAAAAAUAUUGUUUUUUCGACUUCUCUAGUAAUUACUGUAUGAGGCGAUUGCGGACUUCAACGAAGGCGCAGACGGCUGUGACAGGGUCAGGUACAUCGACGACGGCGAAAGGUGGAAGCGGUGGUGUUGGUGGUGCCAGUAGCGGUGUAUCUACAACAGGAAUAACGCCGUAUGCGGACAGAAAAAGUGCACAUAACACAAGCAGUUUCAUUGAAAGUGGUGAUAGUGCCUUGACAACCAACAACCGUACGGGUGCUCCAGGAGCCCUAGACGCUGCAGCCGCCGCCACCACCACCUUUGCAACAUCAGCGAGCACUGCAACAGCUGCGGGACGCCUAAGACACAUCAUGAUGGACGUAAAGCUCAGUGCGGAUGUAUUUAAAAACUUUGAAAAGACGGGGAAGAGUGAAUUUUUGAAGUUCUUAAAACAACAAGUGAAGGAAAAUGAUAAUCCGAUUUUUGGGAAAAAUGACGAGUUCAAAUUUGGGAUAUCUAGGGCAAUCUACGAUCUACUAUGGCAUGGAUUACGCUGCACGUUGAAGAAAGAUACAGUGCUGAAUACUUUGGCAGAUGUUGUGGCACUGCAUACUGAUUUUCCAUCCGUUAUUCUGGACAUUGUGAAUAUAUUGGAUGCAGAAACUUCACUAAUGACCGAUGGCAUACAGGAGGAGCGUCUCAUGUUCAGUCAGAUUGUAAAAGAUCUCGACAAAGUGAUCUCGGAUAAGUUGAUAAAGGAGCGUUUAGAAAUAGACACCCUGCAGGAUGUAGGAAUCGUAAAGAAUAAGGUGUUCUACACGAAAUUUAUCAAAAUAAAAACUAAGCUUUAUUAUAAACAACGCCGCUUUAAUCUCUUUCGCGAGGAGAGUGAAGGCUACGCCAAGCUAAUAACUGAGUUAAAUCAGGAUUUUGAGGAAGGCGUGACUGCAACAAGCAUAAUGGAUAUCAUUAAAUCACUCAUAGGCUGCUUCAAUUUGGAUCCCAAUCGUGUACUUGAUAUAAUAAUUGAAUCAUUUGAGACACGCCCAGAACGAAGGCAUCUUUUUAUACCAUUGCUACGUGCGUACAUGCCAACUGGUUCAAUUAUAUGUGAAGUACUCGGUUAUAAGUUUCGUUACUUCGCUGAAACGCGAACGCCACGAUCACUUUUCCACGUUUGUUCGCUGUUGUUAAAGUACGGUGUCAUUGAGCUUCAUGAUAUCUAUCAAUGGCUCACACCUGUCGAUAAAACUAUAAUUAGCGAAUGGGAGAGCGACCUCACCGAGGCAAAAGAAUUUGUGCGUAAAUUGAAUAUAAUUGUAACGAAUAAGGAUAAGGAACAUGUCGAGCCCGAAAUGGAGAAGCCAUAUGAUGAGGAAAAAUACUAUGCUAAUCAAAAAUUCGGUUUGUGUGAGGGAUUACUCAGAGUAGGUGAUUGGGAAAACGCCUUGAAGAUUAUCAAAAAAUUACCUGAGCAAUCGGUUAUAGUACAUGAACCUAUCGCACGUGCGCUCGCCGAACUUAUACACAUUUCCAUUGAUUAUGUGUACACAGAGAAAUGCUUCAAAGCUAAUAUGCGUCGUACAAAAUUGAGUGAUGACAAAAAACUGCUUCAAAAAUUGCAAGCACGUGAAUUUUCUCAAAUGCGCAACUACACCAUACCAAUGGUGAUUGCACUUGGACCCGCCUUGCAUUUCGAUACAGUGCUUAUGUAUAAACUUAUACGCAUUUUACGCACAAUAAUGACCGACAUGGGUGUGGAUAGUCUAAAUGCUCCUACACCGAAUACUGAAUCGGAAACGCUCUACUUUGAGGUGAUGACUAUUAUGGACGCAGCCAUAUUGCCAGCGCUUUCCUAUCUUGACUGUAACUGUCCAAUGGCUGAAGAGAUUUGGACCGUGUUGAAAUUCUUUCCAUACCACUUUCGCUAUAGUUUAUAUGCCCGUUGGAAGAACGACACAUAUCAAGUGCAUCCACUUCUAAUAAGACGCCGAGGUUUGGCACACAAAAAUAUAAAAGCGCUGAUGAAGCGCGUCAGUAAGGAGAAUGUGAAGCCAGUGGGACGUCUGAUUGGCAAACAUAGUCAUUGCGCGCCAGGCUUCCUCUUUGACUAUAUCUUAAUGCAAAUUCAAAUCUAUGAUAACUUAAUUGGUCCUGUCGUGGAUUCAUUAAAAUAUCUCACAUCUCUUUCGUUUGACUGUUUGGGUUAUUGUCUCAUUGAGGCGCUAGCCAUGGCUGAUAGGGAUCGUUUCAAGCACGAUGGCACUUCGAUUUCACUGUGGCUACAAAGUUUAGCUUCCUUUUGUGGUGCAAUCUUUAAAAAGUAUAACAUCGAACUGAGUGGCCUGUUGCAAUAUGUAGCUAACCAAUUGAAAUCGCAAAAGAGCUUGGAUCUGCUAAUCUUAAAGGAAAUUGUGCAAAAAAUGGCCGGAGUCGAAUCGGCUGAAGAAAUGACUAAUGAGCAUUUGAAUGCCAUGUGCGGUGGUGAAUUGCUCCGCGGCGAGGCCGGCUACUUUAGCCAAGUGCGUAAUACGAAGAAAUCUUCACAGCGCCUGAAGGAUGCGCUCGCCAACAACGACUUAGCUGUCGCCAUUUGCUUGCUUAUGGCACAGCAAAAACAUUGCGUAAUCUAUCGUGAAACGGCGCAAAGCCAUUUGAAACUUGUUGGCAAGCUUUACGAUCAAUGCCAGGAUACUUUAGUACAAUUUGGAACAUUCCUUGGUUCCACCUACUCGGUGGAUGAAUAUGUCGAACGUUUGCCAUCGAUCAUUGCCAUGUUGCAAGAGUAUCACAUCAAUGCAGAUGUGGCCUUCUUCUUGGCACGUCCAAUGUUUACGCAUCAAAUUAAUCAAAAGUACGAUCAGUUACGCAAGGCUGAUCCCAAUGCCAAAAAAUUGACAACUAAUCAAAAAUUACAAAAAUAUCUGGAAGCCACUAAUUUAAUUAUGAAUCCGAUUGUGGAAUCAGUGCGUCCAUUGCAUGGUCCAAAAGUGUGGGAGGAUAUUAGUCCACAGUUUUUGGUGACCUUCUGGUCGCUUAGUAUGUAUGAUUUGCAAGUGCCCGCCGAUAGUUAUCAGAAGGAAAUAUCCAAGUUGAAACAACUUUCACUACAAGCUGCAGACUCAAAGGAUUCGAAUGCCUCAAAGAAUAAGAAAGAGCAGGAACGUUACAUUGCUUUGAUGGAUAAAUUGCAGGAUGAGCGCAAAAAACAGCAGGAGCAUGUUGAUAAGAUUUUACAACGUUUGCAACAACAAAAGGACAACUGGUUUCUAUCGCGUUCUGCCAAAUCAGCAAAAAAUGAAACCAUAACACAAUUCCUGCAGUUGUGUCUCUUUCCAAGGUGCACCUUUACUGCCCUCGAUGCCCUCUACUGCGCUAAAUUCGUACACACCAUACAUAAUUUAAAAGCUGCUAAUUUCUCCACACUCCUAUGCUACGAUCGGAUAUUUUGCGACAUCACCUACUCCGUGACGUCCUGCACCGAAAACGAGGCCACCCGCUAUGGUCGCUUUCUCUGUGCCAUGCUGGAAACCGUAAUGCGUUGGCAUGCCGAUCAGGCUGUUUUCAAUAAGGAAUGUGCCAACUAUCCUGGCUUUGUUACCAAAUUCCGUGUCAGCAAUCAAUUUUCCGAGGCAAACGAUCAUGUUGGCUAUGAAAACUAUCGUCAUGUCUGUCAUAAAUGGCAUUAUAAAAUUACCAAAGCAAUCGUAUUCUGUUUGGACUCUAAAGACUAUAUGCAAAUACGUAACGCACUUAUCAUUCUCAUGCGCAUACUACCGCAUUAUCCAGUACUGGCUAAACUUGCCCAAAUCAUUGAAAGAAAAGUGGAGAAAGUGCGUGAAGAAGAGAAAAGUAAGCGUCCCGAUUUGUUUGUGAUUGCCUCAAGUUAUAUUGGACAGCUAAAAACGAAGGCUGCACAGAUGAUAAAGGAAAGCGAUUUUCAUCAGGUUACUGAGCGACAGUUGCGUGUUGAAUCGGCUACUGCGACAGCAACGGUUGCAACAGCCGCUUCAGCCACUGUACCAUUGGCUAGCGCAGGCACGCAAGCUAGUGUGGUCACUGCAGCAACGACCAAUAAUGUAACAGCGAUAACGAAUAUAAUUAACUUGGUAGAAACUACUCCCAAACCAGCGCCAGUAGUGCAGCAAAUACCCACUGCACAACAUGAAACAACGCCCGUUUUGGCAAAGCAAGUGAGCAACGGCGAUGUGAAGAGUGCGGAAAAACGCGAAAAAGAAAAAGCCCCAAAGCAGGUCAUUAAAAUGGAUCGCGAGCCUGUGACAAGCAUUGCUUCAAGCAAUGAGUUGGAAACGAGAUCCACCACUUCAAUUGUGAUCAACGAUCGCAGCGAACACAGUGAACGGCGUAGUAGCAGCCGUUCAUUGAAGGACGUCAAGAAGGAGGAACGUACACGUGAACGCGAACGCGAGCGUGAGCGUGAGCGUGAACGGGAGCGGGAACGCGAAAAAGAACGUGAGCGCGAGCAAAGAGAGAGGGAGCGUGAGAAGGAACGUGAAAGGGAACGCGAACGUGAACGUGAGCGUGAGCGUGAAUUGCGAGAGUUGCGUGAACGAGAGCGUGAGCGUGAACAUCGCAGUCAUAAUGAUGAAUUGGAGCUGUCCGGCGGCGGUGGUGCUGGAGGCGGUGGUGGCGUCGGUAGCAGUGUGACUAGUGGCAGUAAUACGAUAAUUUCCACACGUUCCAAACGCGAAAAGCGACGUGGUGAAGAACGUUACCGCUUGGAAUCACCAGCUGUAGAACAUAUUGAGAUAGUGGAAAACAAGCAUGAGCAUCAUGAAUACGAGCGCGAACGCGAACGUGACCGAGAGAGGGAACGAGAGCGUGAACGUGCUAGGGAUUUAAGUUCGGUAUCGAAUGAGAGCAACGGAUCGUCGAUGCAUCGACGCAGUCAGGAUGUUAUUGAAUAUGAAAAAGAUACGAAACGCCGCAAAGUGGAAUCGUCGACAACUUCUUCGUCAAACUCAAAGAAACAGGUUAUAGAUGAUUUGGUUGAGAGUACAAAGAAAGAUCGUGGUGUUAAGAAUAAAGAACGCAAAGAAAAGCUAACCGAAGAGGAGAAGGAUGCACGUAAAGAACGAAAAUUGGGACGCAAACGCGAACGACUCGAGGAGAGCUCCAACACAGAGCAUAAGCGGCGAAGGGAAGUGCAAAAUGGCGAUGAUGAUUUGCGUGAACGCGAUAAAUAUCAUACGAGGGAAAAGUCGCCCCACUUGCGCAGCGAGACCCGUGAACGUUCGCAUGAAAAAUUCGAGCGUGAUCGCAGCACACGUGAGGAUCGUUUGUAUGGCACUUCAAAGUCGGCGCGUUCGCGCAUAGGCUACUAAAUGGUCGAAGCAGCAGUAGCAGCAAGCGUUCUACAAGUUUUGGUUUUUUUUUUUUAAACUAGAAUAGUGACAGCGAUAAACCAAUCCAGCUAAUCAACAACCAUAAAUCAUCAAAUACAGCAAAAACAAUAACUUCAAAUUAAUUACUUAUACAUACAUGUGCAUACA